GGGCACCUUCUUAAUUGCUUUACGAAAUGAAUUAAUUAUAUUUAGUCACAUCGUUUAAUCCGUUAUAAUGAACUUUAUUUUAUUGUAAUUUACUUCAUGCUUCAUCGAUCUCCGUAUGAAAAAUCUAAGAGUGAUCAAACCCUUGGUUAAACUUGAAAUUUCUGUAUUUAUUAUCCCUUGCUCAGCUCAUCAUUGCUCUCAUUACUAGCGAUGCUACCGAGUUUUUCUUAAAAAUGUUUCUUUGGAAACCGUGUUCGAACCUCUGUGAGAGGUUUUUAAAAUUCAAGUGAGUCAACGAAAUUAAUAUUAUUUUGCUUGAUUGUUUGUUUUAUUGUUUGGUUCCUGUUAUUCGCAAUGACAGGUUGUGUGGCUGAAUUGUUUUUCUGGACUGUCGGAAGCAAUGUUUACAUACCUGAUAACAUCACUGGUUGCCAUGUGUACCACGAAAAAGAUGAGAGAGUCUCCAGAGCGGAACAUCCAUAUUGGCAUGAAAAACAAAUAUAUACAGAAAGUCGUGAUAUUACUUGGAGUCUACGUAACAAGAGACCGGAUAAACUUCGGGAUACUUUAAAAGAAGUGGAAAUUUUAUUAAGCCAGUACAAAUGUGUGAAGGCCAGUUGGAAAAAUAAAGUUGUCCUCCAGAUUAUUUUAAGCAAUGGAUAUCUAAUUACGUACCUUGUUAAAGAAAAUGUUGCCGAUAUCGAAAAAGUACUCAUUGAUAAAUCACUUUGCGGAAAAUUGAGCGGAGAAUUCAUUUCCGAUGCUCUCCUAACCAACAGUUUUAUUAUUCUGUCAUAUCCUAAUCUCGCUAAAUUGGAUUACGUUUACUUUCAAAAAAGAAGUAAUGCGGGAGAUGUCGGUAAGAAAAUUGAGAAAGUGUCAGCGUUUGAUCCAAAAUUCGGUCAUUUUCAAAUCCCUGGACCGUCAACAAGACGAGUUAACAGACACUUAUCUUAUUGUUCUGACCGAAAUUUGCUCUUGGUUUGGUGUUCUAUCAAUCCCAAGGAUGGUUGUCCGUGGUCACCGCUGGUCAGUGAUUGCGAACAGGCCAACUUGGUGUUGUUAUCAAUAAAUGGACCUCGAUUAGAAGUUAUUUCUCACGUCAAAACAGAAUAUAACCUUCUGAAUGCUACUUUGAGUAAAAAAACUCAACAAAUAAUUACGGUAGAGCUGGUCUCAAGUCGGUCAGAGGAAACAACUGUUGAAAGAGGGACAUACGAAAUCUUAAAAACAAAGUUACAACAGAGUAGGUCUAUAUCUAUGACUCUGCCCAGUCUCUUCACUUGCCUUAGUGUCCAUCCCUCAACAAACAGACUGCUAUUUGGUUGUCAAGAUGGAACUUUAGUGAUGUUUGAUGAAACUUUUAUGACAAUGCAUUCAACCCAAGCCAGUUUAAUACCGGUAAAUAUAAAAUGGCACUCAAAUGGCGCUGUUGCAUUUGUUGUAAGUGCCUCUGGGAAUCUUCAGUUAUUUGAUCUUGCUCUUAACCACCUCAACUUCCAGUUGCUUGGUGACCAGUUUUCUUCAGAGAAAGUAUUAAAGACUGAUAUGUUUUUUAAGAAAACCAUUUUCUUUCAAGACAUGCAAUGGAAUGAUUGUGACAAUGAUACCGAACUCUCAAAGAAUUCCCAAUUUCUUUUACUUAUAUUCAAUAAAGGCCCACUGGCUGUUUUACAGUUAUACUUUGGCCUUAUGAGUCAAGAGGGUUUGUCUGUUCUUGAACUGAUCAAAGAAUACAUAAAACACCAACAACUUUAUGAAGCUACCAACCUGUUGUGUUCUUUACAUUGGGAAAAUGAUGGCCCAAGUUGUUAUGCAGGUAUUUCAGCUAUUGCUAAUUACCUUUUGCGACUGCCACUCAAUGCAGAAAGAGAAAGCUACCUUGAAAAGACUCUAGGUAUGUUUUAUUCUCCGGUGAAAACAUCAAUUGCUAACAUAUUAGAAUAUCGAGAUCCAAUAUGUAGACUUGCUCGACGAUUUUUCCAUUUGCUUCUCAGAUAUUCUCGGUUUGAAAAGGCUUUCCUGCUUGCUGUCGAUAUAGGGAGUGAAGAUCUGUUCAUGGACUUACAUUACACUGCUGUAGACCACAACGAAACAUCAUUAGCAGAAGUUUCAAAAAAGAAGGCUGAAGAAAUUCAAGAGUUAGGCAUAAAUUCUUCAGAAGAAGAAGAAAGCUCUGAGUCAGACUACCAUUCUGAUUACUAUCAGAAUCCUUUGCAGAGCUAUCAUCCCAGUAACUCUGACUUUGUUGAAAAGGUGAUGCACCAUCCAAAAAUUAAGAAAUCACCCAGUCUGCAAGAACGAUGUCCAAGUCGUGUCCCAAAAUUAAGAUUAAGACAUCGUACAGAAAAUACAGACAAAGAAUCAACUGUUGAUUAUUUCCAUUCCGCAACCUCUUUUCAACCUUCUGAAAACUAUCAUGAUGCGAUCGGUAAGGAAUUGGUUAACGAAUUAAUUCAAGACUACACAGACGCUUUACUGGACAAACCUACCAUUGAUGUUGAUGGCACUAGUCAUGUUUUUACAUAUUUAUAGUUAUUUAACAUUGGUCAAAAUAAUUAAAAACAAAACCCUUAAGCUCCGUAAGGGAACUUCUACACAGUUGCUCAACCUGCUAGAAAUAGCAGCUAAAUUCAUUCACAUCAUACCCUACCAUCUUAACCCUUUACCUGUCUAAAGCAUUUUCAUAAGUUUGCCCAAACCGUCCAUGCUUGUUUCCAGACUUUUGGUAAGCAUUUCUUUCAUAUGUCCUGAGUAAAAUUGCCAAUGCGAAUCAUAUAUAAUGAUUGGAUGCCAAGGAAAUACACAGGACAUAUAAAAUUUUAAGAAAAAAUGGAUACAUUACAAAAUGUAGUCCCACAUAUGCAAAAAGGAUGGAAUGAUUACACCUAGAAUACCUUUGACAGUAGAUUUGCUCAAUCAAAGCUCACCUGGGAUUAAGCAACAACAACAGCUAAAAUACCUGUUUCAUUACUUCAAAGUUAAGUACUAUCAGAAAACAGUUAUUUUCUGGCGAACCCCUGCCCCUUGCAUAACAAACAGGCUCCUGCAAAGAAAACAUACAUUUUGUUUUUCUUCCAUCUAUUUCUUUAUGUUUGGGAAAAAUGAAUAUUGAGAUAGAAAAUAUUUGAUUUUGGAUUCUUUAAAUUCUU